AUGACAGCAUUUAUUGGCAUUUACAAGGCAGUGUAUGAUUACCAGCCGCAGACUGCUGAGGAAUUGGCCAUCAGUGAGGGGGACUUAUUGUACCUACUUGAAAAAUCGGAUGUUGACGAGUGGUGGACUGUGAAAAAAAGGGUAAUUGGGUCGGAUGCAGAUGAACCGAUCGGGUUGGUGCCCUCUAAUUACGUUGAGGUGGCGCCUUCUAUUGGCGAGGUAAAAGCUAUUUAUGAUUAUGAGCAAACACAAAACCCUGACGAAGAAUUGAUAUUUCAUGAGAAUGAACAGUUCGAUGUUUUUGACGACCAGGACAGCGAUUGGUUACUGGUUCAAUCGAAGACUAGCAAGCAAUUUGGGUUUAUCCCCGGCAACUAUGUGGAAGCAGCAGAUGCAGCAACUGCACCUGCACCGGCACCUGCCCAGGUAGCAGCUAUUGCACCUCCGGUUCUUACGCCGGCGGAUGCUGCAACUAUGUUGCCGCCACCGCAGCAUCCUAGCAAAUCAACUGGCAGCAGUCCCAUGGAAGAUACUGUGAUCGCAGAGCCUGAUGCUCCUCCUGCGAUGCCUACAAGGAAUGCCCGUCAAGAAGUUGCAGAAGAGGCUGAAGAUGUUCCGCCACCAAAGCCUUCAAGACCAACACAGCAAGCUACAGAGGAACCCGUGGGUGUUAGAGAAACAUCUAGGAAUAGGAUCUCCUAUCAUAGCAGUUACAACGAGGGUAACCACGAUAGCAAUAAUAGCAAUAGUGGAGCUAACGAGCAUUCGAAUGGGAGAUCACUCGCUGAUACGAAUGAUUAUGAUUAUGAUUAUGAAGAUAGUAAGUCGGACUAUCGGACUUGGAGUAUUUCCGAAAUUGACGGUCGUAAGAAAAGAAAAUGUAAACUUUCCAUUGGCAAUAAUAAGAUAUAUUUCCAACCUCAGAAGGGUGAACCUCAAGAAUGGAGUGUCGAUAAAUUAACUUCAUAUGAUAAAGAGAAGAAACACAUGUUUUUAGAGUUCAUUGAUCCUUACAAAAGCUUAGAAUUACAUACCGGUAAUAAUGAUACGUGUGCAGAAAUACUUUCAGUAAUAGCUGAAUAUAAAGGAGCUUCGCGUGAUGCGGGGCUUAGAGAGGUGGAAUUAGCUUCCAAACCUAAAAAACAAGGUAAUAUUCUUUACGAUUUUAUGGCUGAAUCUCAGGAUGAAUUAACAGUAAAACAGGGUCAAGCAGUCUAUAUCUUAAAUGAUAGAAAAUCAAGAGACUGGUGGAUGUGUGAAAUAGUUGGUUCUGGCAAAAGAGGUGUGGUUCCGGCGCAAUUCGUUGAACCAAUCAAGGAUAAAAAUGAUUCCUCUCAUGGCAUACUAAGUUCAUUCAAAAAAUUCGCCAAGGGUAAUGGAAAAGGUUCCAAUUCCAAAUUAAGUGGUAAAAACUGGAAAGACGAUGAUGAUCAAGAUCUAUCAAGCGAUAGAAGAAACAGAAACAAGAGCAGAUCAAACUCAACUUCGAAAAGAAAAAGAUCAGCCUCCACAAGUAAUAAUAAUAAUGGCAAUGAUAAAUCGCCACUACCGGAUCCCAAAAAAUCGCGUAUAUGGGCGGAUAGAUCAGGAACUUUCAAAGUUGAGGCUCAAUUUAUUGGUUGCUCUGAUGGUAAAAUUCAUUUGCAUAAAUCGAAUGGUGUCAAAAUCGCUGUCGCAGCUGAUAAAUUAUCUGAUGACGAUAUUAUUUAUGUCGAAAGGGCAACAGGAUUCAGCUUGGAUAAAUAUAAAAUCAAGAAACAAGAUACUAAGGAUGCCAGAGAAAGUGAACGUGAAAGAAGGAAAAAACUCAGAGAGCAUGAUGAAAAGGAACGCGAUAGAAGAUUAAGAGAAAGGGAAAUAGAGGAAUUGAAACAGGCAAGACUUCUUUUGGACGAAGAAAGAGCAAAACUGCAAGAGAGAGAACUUCCACCCGUUAAACCUCCUAGACCUCAGUCAACUGGCUCCGCAACUGCUGUUUAUCCAGUAGCUACAGGUACUCCAUCCGCAUCUGCUCCCGCAGGAGCAGGAGCAGCAGCAGCAACUUCAAAGACUCAACAGCAGAAGAAAGAUUAUGAUUGGUUUGAAUUUUUCCUGAAUUGUGGAGUCGAUGUUAGCAACUGUCAACGCUACUCUCUAAAUUUUGAAAGGGAACAAGUUACAGAAGAUAUGUUGAGCGAUAUUAACUCAUCAAUGUUGAGAACUUUAGGUUUGAAAGAGGGCGACAUCGUUAGAGUUAUGAAAUAUCUGGACAAUAAAUUUGGCAGAGAUUCUCAAUUACCACAACAACCAACUAAUGCUCCAGGUGGUAUGUUCUCUGAACCUGAUGGUUCAUUGAAAGUCGCAGCUACUGGUGCCGCACCAGCGUUUGCAACGCAAUUGCUACCUCAAAAGACUGCACCAGUUAAUUCUACGGGUGCAUUAGAUGAUGAAGCUUGGACGGUGAAACCUGCUGCAAAAUCGGAAAUCAAUCUUCCUUCAAAUCAAUCUGAGUUUACAGGUUCAAUGCAAGAUUUGCUCGACUUGCAACCUUUGGAACCAAAGAAAAAUUCUAUUGACUAUGCACCGCAACCAAAGCUGAAUGAAUUGGAACCAGUUAAAUCAAGUAAUACAGGAAACGCUUCAAACACAACUACGGUAACUUCUAACACAGGAACUGUCAUGGCACCCCUUGAUCCAUUCAAAACUGGUGGUCAUAAUUUACUACCCAUGGCAACUGGCUUUGUCAUGAUGCCAAUUGCUACAGGGGGUUUCAUGCCAGUACAAAGAACGGGAGGUUUAAUGUUACCACAAGCUACAGGAAACGUUUUACAACCUCAAAGAACAUCAGGCGGGUCACUUUCUAUGACGUUAACUGGUGGUUUCAUGCCUCAAACCUCAUUCCAAACUCAGCCUUCUUUCCAAAUUCAACCUACUUCAAAUAUUAUACCGUUGCAAAAAACUGGUGGUGCAUUGAAUGCUCCUCCCUUGGGAUCCAUAUUACCAUUACAAAAGACUGUUACAGGCCUUAUGCCUGCAAAUGCAACGGGUAGUAUUUUACCUAUGCAAAUAACAGGCGGUAUAAUACCCAUACAAGCAACCGGGGGGCUUGUUCCUUUGCAGAGAACAGGCGGAACUUUACCCAUGCAAGCAACAGGUGGACUGAUUCCUUUGCAGAGGACAGGUGGUAUGGGGCAAAUAAAUAUUACCGGAGGGAGCUUUGCUCCUCAGGUUCCUUUCAACAACCAGUUGACUGGCGGAAUGAACAUGAUGCCUCAAACAAGUUUUGGGAACCAAAUUACCGGAGGUGCUAAUUUGAUGCCUCAAACAAGCUUUGGUGCCAAUAUCCCCGGACGUUCCAAUAUGAUUCCCCAGACAAGCUUUGGUGCCAAUCUGAACAAUGUGAUGCCUCAGACAAGCUUUAGCAAUAAUCUCACUGGUGGAGUUAAUAUUAUGCCUCAAACAAGCUUCUCGAACAAUGUUAUGGGAGGAUCUACUGCUCUUCCCCAAAACUCCUUUGGAAGUUCGAAUAUGGGAUUUACAUCUCAGAUGCCAUUCAACAAUACACAAGGCACUGGGGGUGUCAUGCAAACGGGUAAUGUUGGUAACUACUCAUUGACACAGCCUUUCCCGAAUAUGACAGGGGUGCCUCAACAAAAUACUCAAUUUGGGUUACAGGCAACAGGUGGAAUGGUACAAAACCAAGCAGUUGGACAGCCUACACAACAAUUUCAAAACAAUAUCAACAGUGGCAUGAACGGGAUAACACAAGGUAUACAGAACACUUCCAUAUCACAACCACCUGCAUUACAAACACAGCCCACAGGAUUUGGGUUUGGAAACGGUCCUCAGUUGCAGCAACAGCAACAGCCAAGGCAAGCAAAUUUGUAUAAUGCAACAGCAGAUAAUCCUUUUGGAUUUUAA